AUGCAGUUCAGCUGGUGAUGGAGGAUUUUCCCAGACAGACCAUCACUCUGACUCGUUAUGAUGGUUCAACGUAUUCAUGGAGCCCCAGCAGCUUCAUGAGCCAAAUCUCUGUCCAGUUUGUUUUCAAAGUGGAUCCUGCAGCUCCGUCCUGCACAGCAGGUGAAUAUCUGCCCAGGUUUCUGCCUCCAACUCCUGAACAUGGAGCUCAGUUCUUCAUAAACGUUACUGAGAUGAUAGAAAUCAACAUCAGAGCAGAGGCGACUCAGUCUGUGAUCACUGAGCUCCUGUUCAGCGGACCGUUCAACAUGAUCAAGAAUUCAUCUGGUUCAGGAAAUUUCACCCUGAGAUGGACGCCGUCUGUCAGUCAAAAUGAUGAUAAUGAAAGCCAUCCCAUCUGUUUUGUUGUCCAGGCAACUGCCUCCAGUUCUAUCUACCAGUCUGAGCUUCGAUGUGUCAUUGUGAGGGUUGGAAACAUACCUUUCAUAGCAACUCCAAGUCCUCCUCCUAAAACAUCUCGUCUUACGGUUCUGAAGCUGAAGAUCUCGACUACGCUGUCACUGAAAGAUAAUAAAGAUAAAAUCGAGAAAGCGAUUAAAGAUGAACUGAUCAGACGAGGGCUGCCUCCAGACAUAAAGGUCCGCCUGCUGAGCGACGGUUCAGUGAAGGUUAAUAACUAACCGCCCCCUAGUGGCUAAAAAUGAGAAUGACUCUGAUCCAUGCAGAGGAAUAUUACUGGGUUUAUCUAUUCUUACUUCUUGUACUUUUUAAUUAAUCUGGAGACUUAUGGUUGUUUUAGUUAGUUUGGGAAUACAAGUUUGAUUUGAGUGAUUUUUAAGUAAUGUUACACAGUACUUAGUCUUUCAUUUAUGGGUUAAUCAGUUGUAGCUAAAUUAGUAAGGUUUUCAUCCAUUUAAUCUUUUAAGUUUGUAUUGAUCUUAAACUGAUUAUGUUAUUCAAUUUUCUUAAUGAACAUUAUCUGGUAUGUGUAUUAAUUCUUUGUAAUCAUACUUCUGUUUAACUCUGACAUGUGGGGUCAUCAAGGGGUCAUCGAGGGGUCAAGGAGAGCGCUGUGUGGUCUCAGAAACCAGUCUGAGGUUGCUUAGGAUGGUAGAGAGGACAACUUAGUGGAACGCUCCAGUUUACUGAUAAACUCAGUCCCACGUCCUUGAGAAGAAUAUUUUGUUCAAAAUAACACCUGGAUUAUCUCUGGGUGGAAAAUCAUCAUGAAGGAGAGCGUCCAUCUCCUGACUGCCGACGUCAGGACGGCCCAGGUAGAAAACCCACCUGGACACAGCGAGGUAUAAAUGUGUGAGCUACAACAGUCAGUCAGAUCACUGGGUGAGACACGGUGCUCUCUGAAGACACUUCUCUAUAUCUUUAUCAAGGUGAUUAAUGUUUCCGUUUGUUUGUGGUAAUCAAUGAUCAUGUUGGGAUGUUGGUGUGAUUUCAUGCUUUUGAUUGAUUGAAUAAAAUAUUGAUUGAUCUGUGA